UAGUGAAAGUCUCCUGCUUAGUUCAUAAAGCCUUUUCUUUUUAACGAUACCGAUUACAGUGCCUCUACACGUACCGUUAUCUCCAACAGUACGUGUAGAAGGAAAUUCCCGAACCUGCUGUAAAAGUAUUGGCCAUUCCUCGAGCGCUUGCUGAACUGGGGUGGGGGUCUGAAGAGCCAUUUCCAGACCUCCCAGUGGGUCGUAAAAUGGGAAAAUUUUAUAAACAGAUACGGAUUUCUGACGUCUAUAGUUUCAAUGGCGUUCCAUAACGCAAUGGUGAUAUUGUCCCUUGUAGCGGAAAGGUAACCAACACCUUGAGAAUGUUUGAGACCUUGGCAGUUAUGUAGUAUCCUUCCGCGAUAUUAAUAUAGUCACCAAUUGGCGACAUGACUGUUCGGUAAAUAUUUUUACAAACAUUAAACUUAGCAGGUGUCUGGCAUACGAAAGGAAAGUUGCUGCCGUACGCCUGUCGUGUAUGUAAUCAGUAUGGUCGCACUUUUACCUAUGAAUCGAUAAGGAGUGAAUCGAAGCGGAGUUUUUCACCUUACGGGUGGAGUGCUUAAUAAGUUGUGUGUGGUGAACUCUUCGCCCUUCCCAAGUCAUCAGAAUGAGCUGCUUCUAACUGAGGAUUUCUUUGCUGCUUUCGUGUUCGGUGGAUGUUCUCGCUGGCAGGCGACUUGACUGCUAACGAUCCUGAGCAGAGAGUAAAGCAGUAAUUUGCUGCUAGCUUCGCCAUCACAGUCAUUUUUGCUUUCGAGCCCAACGGAACCCAUGAACAUAUUUUUCUGUCUCACCGUUCUGAAUCGUGAGACUGGUUUGCAAGGGUUCGAUCGGUCGGUUGUAGUGCUGCUGUUCUUCGCUAGUACAGUCUUGAUUUGUGGCCCAGCGGAAUCCAUGACUACACAACAAUAGAGGAACUGAUGGAGGUGUUCUCUAUGCUGUCCGCACCGAACUGCUUUGUUUUAACCUCUGGGGAUGGCCACCAACAGUAACCUACCGACAAGGAAGCAGAGAAUGGAAUCUCCAUUGUUAGAAGUCGCUACCAAGCAACUAGUAGGAAUAAAUACCAGUUACUUGCCGUUGGAGCUAUUUUUUGGGUAGUUCGGCAUUGCAAAACAUUCGCUUUUGAAACUGGGCUAUUCGUAAUGUGGCGCCUGGGAUGCUGCCCUUGUUGGAAAGGGUCAGCUAAGCCUGAGGUGGAAGACUCGAGUCUUCUGACUGACCCACAGUGGCAGUCAGACGGAGGUGCGAUGAAAGCACAGUAUUAUACUGUUCGCAGGAUUUCAAGUUUUGGGCGCACAGUUUCUGGGGAAGAUAUCAGUGACACUGGCGGAGAACAGAGGAAUGAGGGCAUGGAGUAUCGAGCAGAACUUAGGACUGCGAAGUUUCAGAAGUCGGAACCAGAUGAUACAAAUGGUGAUUACUAUGGGGACCCUGGUGGCACUGCCAUGGCUCUGAGGCCUCCACAUAAGCUACCGCAGCCACACCGUCGUUGGCCAAGAGCACUGAAUCCGUUCAGAUCUCCAAGGGAGCUUAGCAAGAGCAGAGAAGAGAAGGAAGCUGUUGAUCUAUGUGUACCGUCCAUUACUGUGUCUUCCCCAGAACUUCUAAGGGAUGGAGCACGAGAUCAGGGGAACCCAACUCACCCUGGUUCCCCUUUGCGACAUGCUGGAACAAUGGUCAACAUGAGCCCCACCAAAGUUUUGCAGCAGCAAGUUAGAUGGCUGAACUCGCAAAGCAUGCAGGACAUCAACACUGCCCUGACAUGUAGUCAUAAAAAAGAUGGUAGUAAUGCCAACAUGUCUGUAAAAGGAAUAGAUACAGCAGAAAUUGCUCGUACAUAUGGCCUAGAUACAAGCUUAUACAUCCCUGUUGACACUGACAGUGGUCUAAUGUCGAGAUCGAAUGAAGCCCUCAAUGCCUGGAGAUCAUCUGACACAAGAGGGAAGGCUGACUGGCUACAGGAAGCAUCAUGUGGAACGAUCCACUUCACUGCUGCAUAUUUCCAGAAGAAAAAGUUGCUUAUACAUGUUAACAAAGUUGAACAUCUUCCUCCAAAAGGAGAACAUCAUACAUACAGUGUUGUUGUCAAACUGAUAAUUUUGCCAUUAGAUAAGCAACUACAUGUGAGUAAAAUAUAUAAAAAUAAUUUGAAUCCUGAAAUUGAAGAGGACUUUGAAUUCAUUAUUAAGCAUCCACUUGGUAAAGUUCUAAGACUUUCAGUGUAUGAUGCGGAUUAUCAAGGAAAACAUGAGGCAGUUGGUCAUGCACUCUUCUACUUGGAAGAUGUGAUGGCAGGGCGACCCAGGAAGUAUGCAAUGAGACUAUAUAAACAAUCACAGCCAGAUGUAGAUCCAGGAAACAUACGAGUCAGCUUGAGUUAUAAAAGAGAGACGAUGAUUUUGAACGUACUGGUAAUGGAGGCUUGCAAUCUGUUGCUACCUAUGAGCGCUGCCAAGAAUAAGAGACCCGCAGACAAAUACAACACUUAUGUCAAAGUUGUGUACAUCUCAUGUGGUGAGAAGAUGAAAUCAAGGAAGAGUGCUAUAGUUUACAACAAUAGAAAUCCUACUUAUAAUGAGAUAUUUACUUUCAAAUUGUCAUCGAAUUUCCUGCAUGAAUCUUCAAUCAUAGUGAGUGUCAUGUUGAAAGGAAAGCUGAAGAAAGAUAUGCCAAUAGGCCGCCUUGUGCUUGGUCCAUUCCAGUACACAGAAGGGCGGGAAAAAACUCCCUGGGGUAGAGCUCUUCUCUCUCAGGAGGAAGUCACACAUUGGUUUAGAAUGUACCUGUGAUUAAAAAAAAACUGAAUAUGUGAAUCUGAAAUAUAUGUAAACCAGAAUAUUUAUGUAAUUUUAUAUACUGUAACUGUAUCAUCAUAAUUUUAUGGUUAUUUAUAUUUAGAUGUUUAUGUAAAUAAAAGCUCUGUCAAAGAUA